AUGGCCUCGGUGGCCGCGUGGCUGCCGUUCGCGCGCGCCGCGGCCAUCGGCUGGGUGCCGAUCGCCACCCACCCGCUGCCGCCGCCGCCCGUGCCCAAGGACCGCCGCAAGGCCGACGACGAGAAGCUGCUCAUCAACGUGAGCGGCCGUCGCUUCGAGACUUGGCGCAACACGCUCGAGAAGUAUCCCGACACGCUGCUCGGCUCCAACGAGCGCGAGUUCUUCUACGACGAAGAGACCAAGGAAUACUUCUUCGACCGAGACCCAGACAUUUUCCGGCACAUCCUCAACUACUACCGCACGGGAAAGCUUCACUACCCCAAGCACGAGUGCCUCACAAGCUACGACGAAGAGCUCGCCUUCUUCGGCAUCCUCCCCGACGUCAUCGGCGACUGCUGCUACGAGGACUAUCGGGACCGCAAGCGCGAGAAUGCCGAGCGGCUUAUGGACGACAAGCUAUCGGAGAACGGCGACCAGAACCUGCAGCAGCUCACCAACAUCCGGCAGAAGAUGUGGCGCGCCUUCGAGAAUCCGCACACGUCGACGGCGGCGCUCGUCUUUUACUACGUCACCGGCUUCUUCAUCGCCGUGUCGGUGAUGGCCAACGUCGUGGAGACGGUACCUUGCGGUCUCCGGCCUGGGCGCGCGGGCACGCUGCCCUGCGGAGAGCGCUACAAAAUCGUCUUCUUCUGCUUGGACACGGCGUGCGUCAUGAUCUUCACGGCCGAGUACCUGCUGCGCCUGUUCGCCGCCCCGGACCGCUGCAAAUUCGUUCGCUCUGUGAUGAGCAUCAUCGACGUGGUGGCUAUCCUGCCCUACUACAUCGGACUGGGCAUUACUGACAACGACGACGUGUCGGGCGCCUUCGUGACGCUGCGCGUCUUCCGCGUCUUCCGUAUCUUCAAGUUCUCCCGGCACUCUCAGGGACUGCGCAUCCUCGGCUACACGCUCAAGUCCUGCGCCUCCGAGUUAGGCUUCCUCGUCUUCUCGCUCGCCAUGGCCAUCAUCAUCUUCGCCACCGUCAUGUUCUACGCGGAGAAGAACGUCGACGACACCAAUUUCACUUCGAUUCCCGCUGCGUUCUGGUACACCAUCGUCACGAUGACGACACUUGGGUACGGUGACAUGGUUCCCAAGACGAUUGCUGGCAAGAUCGUUGGAGGAGUGUGCUCCCUCAGUGGUGUGCUAGUGAUCGCUUUGCCGGUUCCUGUUAUCGUAUCUAACUUCAGUCGCAUCUAUCACCAGAACCAGCGGGCAGACAAGAGGAAGGCGCAGAGGAAAGCCAGGCUGGCAAGGAUUAGAAUAGCGAAGGCGUCGUCGGGAGCAGCGUUUGUGAGCAAAAAGAAGGCGGCGGAGGCCCGGCUGGCCGCCCAGGAGUCAGGCCUCGAGAUGGACGACUCGUACCACCAAGAGGACAUCUUUGAACUACAGCAUCACCAUCUCCUGCGCUGCCUCGAGAAAACGACUGACCGAGAGUUCGUGGAGAUGGAGGUGCCGUACAACGGGCAGCCGAAGCGGCCGGGGUCGCCGUCGCCGCUGGCGAGCCCGGCGCACUCCGCCGCCAGCCACCCCGGGCUGCUGCAUGCGUGCUGCGGCCGCUGCUGCGGCCAGCGCUAUCAGAGCAUCCCAUUCCUGGCCACCAGCCCGGGCAAGGAUCGGGUAGUCCUUGUCUAUAGCGACAAGAUCGAAGUGCGGACCAAGGUAAUUCUACUCACUUCUCAUUCUUCUUGA